AUGUUCACCCACCACACCUACACACUUUCGGACAACAUUCAGAUCUUCUUCACUGACAGUGGCCCUCCACCGGAUUCCGACGACUACACAACUCUCGUCAUCCUCCAUGGGAGUGGCUUCAACGGAUUUGGAUUUGAAAAAUUUCACAUUGUUGCUCAUUCACUAAACCUACGUACCGUCAUCUGGAAUCGACGUGGCUAUCCUGGUUCAACUCCGUACACGGACCUCGAGCUCGGAGAUCUCAAGCAAGGCCGUAAGAUCUUCAUGGAAAGAAUCGGAAGACAACUCGGCGAGUUCCUUAAACAGUUCAUCAAAAAGGAGAACAUCCCGAAGGCUACUAGAGACCGUACGGCGGGAGGUAUCGCACUUAUGGGAUGGUCUAUGGGUAAUUCAUCGAUCAUGGCCCUGUUCUCUGACCCGAAACUGGUUCCCCACAAAACGUACCUGAAGUUAGAGCCCUAUGUCAAGGACCUGGUUUUGUACGAACCACCUUCACUAUGUUUUGCAUACCCGUUGCCUCAAGAUGUAGAAACCUACACACCAUUGACCGAUCCAGAGCUCAAAACCCCCGACGCGCUAUACGAAAGCUUCGUUCAUUGGGUUACCUCCUUCUACGACCAUCAGGACUUGAAGUCUGCCGACGUUUUCAGCAUGGGUACCUUAACCAAAAGAAGUAGCGACGCAACCGUCACAAAAUGGACUCAUGAAGAGUUCGAGAGAUACACCAAUAAGGAUGCGUUCAUGAGGACGGAGUUACCUAUGUUUGUCGAACCUAUGCAGACGACGUUGAAAGAAGUAUCAGAGCGCACGUUAUACAACGAGAGGCUGGUCCGGACGUAUUUCCCUGAUUUGAAACUGACCUUGGUGGUCGGAACGAAGGCGGCUUGGUUGUGUGCCUGGACCGUGUUGGAGGUUCAAAGUAUCCACGACGCGCGGGUGGCGCGGGGCGCUGCGACUCGACCGACGAAAACUUACAAGAUCAUGGGCGGGAAUCAUUUUGCUCAUUGGGAAGUUCCAAAGACCAUGUUGGAGAAAGUAUGUGAGGGGAUGUCUCGAGAUAGUUGA